UUGCCAACUACGCAGACGCAGCACUAGAUCAUACCUCUAACUGUUCCGGCUCGCUUAAGAAAAAAUUGUACUCCUCCCCAACUCCAGAGGAUCAAAGAAACAAAGUCAUUCACGAUCGGCCAUGGCGACGACGUCGUUUGUGACGAUUACUAUGAUGGCUAUGGCGGCGGUUUUCGUCGGAGCGAGCGACAACAACCGGAUACACUCGCCGUGCUCGGACACGACGGUGGCAAGAUCCGACGGGUUCACUUUCGCGAUCGCGUUCGCGUCGAGGAACUCGUUCCUCUACAACAGCACCCUCCAGCUGUCCCCCUGUGACAGCAGGCUUCACCUUUCCUCCAAGUCUCAGAUCGCGCUCUUCAGGCCCAAGGUCGACGAGAUCUCACUCCUCACCGUCAACUCCUCCUUCACUCCGGACUCUUUUGGGUAUAUGGUUGCAUUUGCGGGUCGGAAAUAUGCUGCAAGGUCUGUUCCUACGUUUGUUGCGAAUAGUUCAUACACCGUAACCAGCUUUACUCUUGUGCUUGAGUUUCAGAAGGGCAGGCUGCAAAACUUGUAUUGGAAAAGGGAUGGUUGCUCCAAAUGUUCAGGAAACUCUAACUUUGUCUGUCUCAACAAUCAGCAUUGCGCAAUCAAAACAUCCAGCUGCAAGAACCAUGGAUCCACUGUAGAUUGCAGUCUUGGGAUACAAUUAGCAUUCUCUGGUACAGAUAAGCACCUUUCAGCUCUCAACUCAUGGUAUGAAGUGGAAAAACUUCGUCAGUACUCGCUUUAUGGUCUUUAUUCAAAUCUCAAGGAUUCUCUCACUAGCCAGUAUAACAAGAUUUUCUAACUGCAUAGUGGCUGGAUUUUAAGAAUUUUACUGCUGGCACGUUGUAAUUCAUUUUACUGUUGGAUAUAUGGAUUGAUUUAGAACCGUCUUUUACUGUGUGGAUUCCCCCCGGCCCCCUUUUUCUUCCUUGGUAAAAGAUCUUCCGAGUUAUCUUUGUAUUAUUUUAUAUGGUUAACAAUUCUUUGUGAUCAUAAAAAGAGAGAUGAUUACAUA